GGACGUUGUCUCCAAUUGUUUGGGGGCAACCCCUAUUGCGCACAUAGUUGAAUGUCGUAGUUAUGUUCCCUCGUUUGCAUUUGGUGGCGUUUAGACUGAACUGCAGCGAAGGAAACAAUCAAUAGUAUAGAAAACCUCAUCAAUCUCUUAUUUCAAAUCCACACAGUCAAAACUUCCAUUUUAAUUUCACCAUUUUAACAUUUUGGAUUUGCGCCGGUGUAUUGGGCACGAGGUACCAUGGACAAUGCUUUUGACAACCUGGAUGCUGUGGGCUUCCUACAGAUUUGGCAACAUUUCGAUGUUGACGAUAAUGGUUAUAUUGAAGGAAAGGAAUUGGACGACUUUUUUCGACACAUGAUGAAAAAACUUGGGAUGAGCGAUGAAAUAACAGAUGACAAAAUUAGACGAGUGAAAGAAAGGUUCAUGUCAGCUUAUGACACCACAGCGGAUGGUCGCCUGCAAAUCCAAGAGUUGGCCACCAUGAUGCUACCGGAGGAGGAGAACUUCCUCCUACUGUUCCGCAGAGAGACGCCAUUGGACAACAGUGUGGAGUUCAUGAGGAUCUGGAGAAACUAUGAUGCUGACAGCAGUGGAUACAUAUCAGCUAUAGAGCUCAAGGGUUUCCUGCAGGACCUGUUUCUCCAGCACAAGAAGACCAUCUCCCCCAACAAACUGGAGGAGUACACCGAAACCUUGAUGAAGAUGUUUGACAAAAACAAUGAUGGCAGGCUGGAUUUGAAUGACCUAGCCAGAAUCCUUGCUCUGAAAGAGAACUUCUUGCUGAAGUUUGACAUGAAUGCUUGCAGUCAAGAAGACCGGAAGAGGGACUUUGAGAAGAUAUUUGCCCACUAUGAUGUUAGUAAGACGGGUGCUUUGGAGGGUCCGGAGGUGGAUGGCUUUGUCAAAGACAUGAUGGAACUGGUCACGCCUACCAUUAGUGGAACGGACCUGGACAAAUUUCGCAAGGUCCUGCUGGGCCACUGUGACAUGAACGGUGAUGGAAAGAUCCAGAAGAAUGAACUGGCCCUGUGCCUCGGCCUGAAAUACUCCAGUUAAUAGUACUAAUUACCCUAGUUAGCACAACAGGCUAACUGCUAACUCAUUGAUAGCAUGCCGCAAUGCAAUAGCUCAUAGCUUUUAGACAACCAAAGAGCAUUGCAUGAUGGUUGGUUGAAAGGAAGUUGUUGCAUAGAGUAGACCCAUUGGGGAAUUUGUUUUGUGAUCCUUCAUUUUGUUUGACUGUAUCUGUUGAUGACAAUUCUGAGUACCUUUGAGAAUGUUGUGUGUGUACUAUUUCGUUUGCACAUUGCAUACGCCUGCCUAUAACUUGCAAAAAUAUAGUGGUGAAAUAAGUAUUUUGGGAUUUAAGUUUUGGGAUAUUUGUGGGUUGUAUUGAUUUAAUUACCAUGAUGGGUGCAUUUACUUGUCAGAACUCUAUUGUUUUUAUGUGCAAAUAAUAUGGUGAAAAUAAGUGCCAUUAAUGGUUUGACAUUUCACCUCCUACUUUAAAUGGUAUUUGUAGUACAUUCUCUAUCAACAUGUAAGACAAUGUAACAUGUAAUGCAAUACAGUAUGACAAUCUCUGUGUCCCUGGG